AUGGAGAGGAAGCGUAAGCGAGGAGCCAGGAGUGACGCAUCAUCCAGUGCCGACUUGUCCGCGAAGGCUGUCUGCCCGACCACCAAGACAGACGACUUAUAUGGUACUGGGUCGGACUGGGAGGAAGAGUGUGAGGGUGACGACGGCCGCGUAUGGCAAUACCUAGAAAUCAGUCUGAACAAUCUAACCUUGCGACGAAACAACCGCGUGGUCGCCAUUGGUGACUUCAAUGUGGACAUGUGCUCGGGACACAGCCGGAUGCACACCAUGCUCCAGCGGUUUGAUCUGGAAAACCACAUCCGGACACCGACAAGAGUAACGGCAUCAACUUCCACCCUAAUAGAUCUGCUCCUCGCUCCUAACUCUCUAGUUGGAACAUGCACGGUCAUCAAGUGUGACAUCAGCGACCACUACGCAUUUGUGGCCAACAUUAUCGUCGCCACCCGGCAGUCCGAACGAGUCGCAUCUCGAAAGAGGCGAGUGUGGAGGAUAAACUGGGAGCAUUUUAACGCUGACUUGCAGGACUGCAAUCUUGAGAUUUUCAGCAAGUCGAAUGAUGUUGAUGCAAUGAUAAGCGAAUGGACCGGUGUACGGCCCAGCAGCAGAAUGAACGGAUCAGACUGGGUACUGCCGGUGAAUGCUGCGGAGCAGGGAGCCAGCGGUGUUUUCUUCCGCAAUAAUGCUGCUAACCUUGAUCAUGCAUCAGCCAGAGUGUCACUCGAUGCCCCCGAACACCCAGUGCCCUUCAUGUCAGGCGCCGCGAUGAUACUUGCAAUGGAAGUACUUGCUUUCAUCGAUCUCGACGAUGACGGAUUCACCAUUAUCGUCCACGCCGCCGAGCUGCUGGGGAUUGUUGACGAUGUCCUGGGUGGCGAGGUCACUGUCGACUACAGUAUGGUUGGACAUGCCAAGCUCCUGGAUGGCAACAUCUUGAGGCUGGACACGUGGGUGGAUUGUGGCAAUGAAGGUGAAGUGUUCGUUACAAGUACCUCCAAAACCUGGGAUGGCGGUGAAGAGUUCUGCCAGACACUCGGCAGCCACCUGGUCAGUUCUCCUCAAGUUACAGCCUGCAAAGCUAUGCUAGUGGGAAUACUUGGAAAGGUGACAGUCCAUAUCAGCUACACAAGAUUGCUCGAUAAACUUCACUUCCGCAAUGUUGGAAACAAUUUAAAAGUUUCUGACAACACCGUUACUAUCUAUCAAGACUUGAAUGAUUGUUCCAGUCAAUAUCUUGGGGAUAAUUCACAGCCACAGGACGCGCAUUGCAUGACACCGCUUGCUAUCGUUUGCGGAAGGAAUACCAAUACACAAGCAGCUUCUAUAGUGUGUGACUCACACACGUAUACAUACCAUAGCAUCUCAUUCUCAGCAGAUCAUGCAAACCAGACGUGCUAUCAACAAUAUGGUGGGCGUCCAUUGUCUACAGACGGGCAGGAACUCAGCUGUGCCUCAAAACUGCUGAACACAUCGCAAGUCUUGCAUGACAACAACGUCAGCUACAUACCGGUAUAUACCAACGCCACUAAUGGGUCUCAUUGCACUACCUACCAACCAUCAACCAACACAGAAGGUCAAGACUCCUGCACCGCAGCACGUCCCACAAUCUGCGUGUCUCGGUACUGCAAUAGCAGUGACAAUUUGGUGGCAGUGCCUAACGAAGACCGGUGUGUGUGCAAACGUGGGUAUAUCAACAACCACACAACCGCACACAAGUGUGAAUCAAUUGUCGAGCUAUUUCGUUCUACUGGACAAGCAGGGCAGAGUUCAAACAUCACAGUGUUCAUCUGGUUAAAAUCAGAGUGGAGGGUGCACAGUGUCUACACACAGAAUACACUACACCAGCUGGCUAAUUUCUCCUUACCAGAAGGGAGACUUGCCAUCAGAUCUGCUGAACGGAUCAUCUACACUUCUCCACGGCAAGCUGACACUGUUGCUGCAGAGCUGGCCAAGAAUCACUCCCAAUUCUUCAUCGUGAAUGCCGGUACAAGUGAUAUACUUCUGCCCUCAGCCCAUCUUCGUAACUACCUGGUCAACUUAAGUGUUUGGUUUCGGCCGUACAAAGUUGAGUGCGUUAACAUUCCUAGUACAAACCAGUCAGACACCUGUAGUUACAGUGUGUUCAAUGAGUCAGUCCCGUUCAAGGAUGGCCUGUACGAGUUUGCCCUGUCUCCACACAACUCUACACUACUUAGUAUACCUGUUCUAUACACAGUUUACCCAAGACCAACUACCACUGUACCUCCGAUGUCCAGCAUGCCUGGUAACAAUGCUUCUUCAUCGUCAGACGGUAUGCCAUCGGUGGUCAGUUCCUCGCCGAGCGGAACUGAUGUUACCCAAAAGCCAGCAUGGUUGGUCUGUACAUUGGCAUUGGUGGUGCAGUGCUAUUGGCAGCACUUGUUCUCAUAACGGUCUGCCUGGUGGUGGUG